UGAUCUAAUUCUACUUUCCUGCGGAUAUAUUCUCUCACAUCCCUUCCUCCAAAAAAGGACCAACCGCACGGACAAGCAAGUUCACAUAUAAUUUAAUUCAGUAUACUGUCUGGAAACAACUUUCCUGAUCAUUAAUUUCUGCCUGACAUAAGAAUUCAUUGCAAAUUCAACAUCGGGGCUUCAGGCUAAUCACAUCAUUGCAUGGUUCCAUAGCCAAUGUGAAAGCCUAUGUCAAAAUGAUUGCAUCGGUUACGUUUAAUGAUGGCGAGACGAAGUUCUAUCUCAUGUAGUACACUACUUUUGACUGCAUUGAACUAGAUAGGGAAUUGGGUGUCGUUUUAAGAUGUAUUUCCUCAGGAUCAAGGGGCGCUGUGCUGCUGUUUAUUCUUGCUCUGGCUUUGCGGCCUUUUCUGUUGUCUGGAAAAGCCCUCUCACAAGGUUAUGAAAUGAGUGUCGUUUUGACUUAACCGUGGAGCUCGUUUUUUAAUGCCGGACUCGGUCACUAUUCGGAUGGGUUGAGCCAAGAUGUCGUGCUUUUUACUGCUGUCGCAGCUCCGGUAACCGUUCCUCAUGUUAACCCUUGGGGGAGGAGGGAUUCUUGAGUGCUGUCGCACAACUAUUACUUUCCGACUUCUGCUGUUCGAGUCUGGCAACAACAGAACUGGAAGUGGUUGUGGGUUCUGGUUUUCACGGCGAGACUUGUAAAAUCUCAUUUUUUAAAAAGGCGAUCGUUGUAAAUGAUCUCUCUGUGUGUGUGAGAGAGAGAGAGAAUGAGGGAUACCAACGGGAGGAUUUCGUGGCACUACUCGGGAUGAUGGGAAUUCCACCGGUAUGGGCGCUUGGCGCUGGCCAGACUGGAUGAGGAAGUGAGGCUGAGAGAGAGGUCUGCAGAGAGACAACGGCUAACUGGGACUGCGGCAGGAGAGGACCUUUGGGCAGAGGAGAGAGAGAGCGGUCUGCAGAGAGACAACGGCUACCUGGGACUGCGGCAGGAGAGGACCUUUGGGCAGAGGAGAGAGAGAGGUCUGCAGAGAGACAACGGCUACCUGGGACUGCGGCAGGAGAGGACCUUUGGGCAGGUGAGAGAGGUCUGCAGAGAGACAACGGCUACCUGGGACUGCGGCAGGAAGAGGACCUUUGGGCAGGUUCCUGCAGCGUGUGUCAGGGUGGAGUUACCUGACCCAUGGAGAAUUACUUCCAGACAGAGGCCUUCAACCUGGACAAGGUGCUGGAUGACUUUGAACAGAACCAAGAUGAUGAGACAGACAGUCCCACUCUGUCGGAUGCUAAGUGGAGUCAGAUCCUGGCCCCUCCGACCCACUUCCUGUCUCUGAACCCUGCUCUGGCUUUGACCCCUGACCCCAGGGACGGGGACAGUCCCCUCCCCUUCAAGACCCUCCCAACCCUCGACCCGUCCUCUAACGACUUCCAGGGGCCUGACUCCAAACACCACCCCGCUGCCAAGCCUCCUUCCUGGGGAGAGGAGAGGCCAGGCCGCACUGCGGACGUCCACAGCCCUCCGCUCCCCCAACCCAACAUCGGCAAGCUGGUGGGGGGUGAGGAGGGCUUGUCUCCCCCUGUGCCGGCUUCCUCUAGCCCCCCUCCUUACCACCACCACCACCACCUGGCCCUGGAGAACGGCUUCACCUCUAUCAGCUCCUCUUGCCCAGCUCUCAACGGGCUCAGUGAGGAACCCUGCAAGGGGAACCAAACAAGGGUGACUCCUUCAAACCACCAGCCGCCUGCCCCCUCUGACCCACGUCCUGAUGUCCCUCUGGAGGGUAGGGAGGGGGAGAGGAGUGGUGGAAGCUCUCACAUUAGUCAUUCACACUUUACCUAUGAGGAGAGCCUGGGAGGGGACAGGCAGGUGGCAGACAGGCAGGUGGCAGACAGACAGGUGGCAGACAGACAGGUGGCAGACAGACAGGUGGCAGUAGAUGAGUCUAACUCCCGUCUGGAGACCGAGAGCACUUGGGUUGCGUCACCCAUACAAGAGAGGGACAGAGAGGAGGCUGACAUGGCUGGGGGACAGUCACAGGACACUGGGGAGAGAGGACAGAAUGGAGGAUGGAGAGAGGGAAGACCGGGAGAAGACUCUGGGGGGAACGUACAGAAUGGAGGGGUGAUGGAAGAACUGAGAGGGGGGAGAAAAGUGUGUAGGAAGUCUUCUCAGAAGGAGAAGAGGUUGAACGGAGAGCUGGACAAGAGUGGAGGUCAGAAUGGAGAGGUGGCUCUCACCAACGGCCUGGCUACUGCAGGGGAAGAAGAAGAGAGAGGGUCUCUCACCCCUCCCCCCUCCAAGGAGGACUCUGUAACAGAGGAGAAGGAGAUGGAGGAGAGCAAGCAAGAGCACGAAGGAGGAGGAGAAAGAGGUGGUAGCUCUUUACCCAAGAAACUGAACAACAGUUGUUUGCAGCCGGUGAGCUUGCCGUUCGGCGGGGCACGUCCUAAACAGCCGGUCAGUCUCAAACUCCAGAUCCCCCGGCCCCUAUACGAACAGGUCCAGAACCAGCUGGCGCCUUCUGCUAACACCGCCGGCAGCGUUACUGGUGGCGGAAAGAACAAGAACCUUGAGAACCGUGGCGGUGCCGGAAUCAUGGAUACGGCAACUGUACUUGCCUCGGGCGACCCUGGUGGUGGUGUAAAGGGGGAGGUGCUAACCGGGGAGUCUCCAUCAUCAUCGUCGGGCCUGGUGGAGGUGUCAGAGAGCAGCCCGGAUAAUGACUUCCAGGCAGGGCAGCAUCAUCAGGGGGCUCUGCCCAGGAAACAGCUCUCCUCCCUGGGGGAUGUAGCCCCCGUGUGGGUCCCUGACUCCCAGGCUCCAGUCUGUAUGAAGUGCGAGGUCCGCUUCACCUUCACCAAGAGGAGGCAUCACUGCAGGGCCUGUGGAAAGGUGUUCUGUGCUGCCUGCUGCAGCCUGAGGAGCAGACUGAUUUACAUGGACAGGAAGGAGGCCAGAGUCUGUAUCACCUGUCACUCUGCCCUACUGACUCAUUCGAGGGAGGGUAUGUGUGACAUGUCUAACCAGAGUCCUAACCCCAACAACCCAGCAGAGUACUGCAGUACCAUCCCACCUCUGCAGCAGAUCCAAUCCUCAGGGGCGAUGGCCUCCCUUCCCCCCACCGUCAUGGUCCCUGUGGGAGUUCCUAAAACACCCGGCUCAGAGGGGUCUCUUGCGCGGGAGCAGAGGAGGGUGUGUUUUGCAGACGGGAUCCUACCCAAUGGGGAAGCAGCGGAAUCCCCCAAGCCCCCUGCUACCAGCCCCGCUCCCUCGCGUCCAUUGGCCGUCUCGCAGUGUGCCAACAAAUCCUCCACUGCUGAUUCGUCAGAGGCGUUGUCCCCGGCCCCUGCAGCCCCAGUGGGAAGCCCUGUAGGCAGCUCCAUCAGUCUAAUUCCGGAGGACGGACUUCCUCCCAUCCUCAUCUCCACCGGAGUUAAAGGAGGUACGGGAGGCCACAGCACAGACUAUGCUGUGGAGGAGCGCCCCUCUGAGAUGGUUCUGAUACAGCAGCUGGAGGAGGGAGGUCCUGACCCCUUGGUGUUUGUGCUCAAUGCUAACCUGCUGGCCAUGGUCAAACUGGUCAACUACGUAAACAGGAAGUGUUGGUAUGUGACCAGUAAGGGGAUGCAUGCAGUGGGCCAGGCUGAGGUGGUGGUGCUGCUGCAGUGUCUGCCUGACGAGAAGAGCAUUCCCAAAGACCUCUUCAGCCACUUCGUACAGCUCUACCAGGAGGCCCUCACAGGUAAUGUCCUGACCCACCUGGGCCAUUCGUUCUUCACCCAGAGUUUCCUGGGCAGCAGGGAGCAUGGAGGGUUCCUCUACGUCUCCCCGUCCUUCCAGUCCCUCCAGGACCUGAUGCUCCCCAACCCCCCCUACCUGUUUGGGGUGUUGCUGCAGAAGUGGGAGACCCCCUGGGCCAAGGUGUUCCCCCUCAGACUCAUGUUCCGGCUGGGUGCAGAGUACAGAUUCUACCCCUGCCCUCUGUUCAGUGUGCGGUUUAGAAAACCCCUCUUUGGAGAGACCGGCCACACCAUCAUGAACCUGCUAGCAGACUUCCGUAACUACCAGUACACGUUGUCCAUGGUGAAGGGUCUGGUGGUGGACAUGGAGGUGAAGAAGACCUGCAUCAAGAUCCCCAGCAACCGAUACAAUGAGCUAAUGAAGGCUAUGAACAAGUCCAAUGAGCACGUCUUGGCCAUGGGGGCGUGUUUCAACGAGCGGGCCGACUCCCACCUGGUGUGUGUACAGAACGAUGACGGAAACUACCAGACACAGGCCAUCAGCAUUCACCAUCAACCACGCAAAGUGACCGGCGCCUGCUUCUUCGUGUUCAGUGGUUCUCUCAAGGCAGGACAACUGGCCAAGACCAGCAUUGUUGAAGACGGUGUGAUGGUGCAGAUCACAGGAGAGACUAUGGACGCUCUACGGCAAGCCCUGAGGGACAUGAAGGACUUCAGUAUCACCUGUGGCCUGGUCGACCAGGAGGACAGACAGGAACAUGUUCACAUACAGUGGAUAGAAGAUGACAUCAACUUCAACAAGGGAGUGAUCAGUCCUAUCGAUGGGAAGUCUAUGGAGUCCAUCACUAGUGUGAAGAUCUUCCAAGGGUCGGAGUUCAAGGCCAACGGGAAGGUCAUCCGCUGGACAGAGGUGUUCUACCUCCAGAGUGAUGACCAGGCUCAGCCCAACGGUCUGAGUGACCCUGCUGAUCACAGCCGUUUGACGGAGAACGUAGCGAGGGCGUUCUGUGUGGCGUUGUGCCCUCACCUGAAACUGUUGAAGGAGGAUGGCAUGGCCAAGCUGAGCCUACGCGUCACCCUCGACUCAGAUCAGGUGGGUUACCUGGCGGGCAGUAACGGCCAGCCUCUCCUCCCCCGUUACCUGAGCGACCUGGACAGUACCCUGAUCCCUGUCAUCCACAGCGGGGCAUGUCAACUCAGUGAGGGCCCUGUCAUCAUGGAGCUGGUUUUCUACAUCCUGGAGAUUAUCUCCUAGGAGACGGAUGCAACGGACCCCCCGUCUCCUGGUUCUCCCUUUCUCUCUGCCACCACCUCUUUUUUUUCCCCCCAACCCAUUCUGCCUCGCCUCCCAUCCCUUCAGAGGGGCUGAAAACUGAGCAGGGCAGCUAGCUAAUGUUACUGUCCCUUCACCAGACGGUCAGCUAGCUCUGCUGGUUAGCUACCAGCUAGCUAAUGUUGCUAUCCCUUCACCAGACGGACAGCUAGCUCUGCUGGUUGGCUACCAGCUAGCUAAUGUUGCUAUCCCUUCACCAGACGGACAGCUAGCUCUGCUGGUUAGCUACCAGCUAGCUAAUGUUACUGUCCCUUCACCAGACGGACAGCUAGCUCUGCUGGUUAGCUACCAGCUAGCUAAUGUUGCUAUCCCUUCACCAGACGGACAGCUAGCUCUGCUGGUUGGCUACCAGCUAGCUAAUGUUGCUAUCCCUUCACCAGACGGACAGCUAGCUCUGCUGGUUAGCUACCAGCUAGCUAAUGUUGCUAUCCCUUCACCAGACGGACAGCUAGCUCUGCUGGUUAGAGACCAGCUAGCUAAUGUUGCUAUCCCUUCACCAGACGGACAGCUAGCUCUGCUGGUUGGCUACCAGCUAGCUAAUGUUGCUAUCCAUUCACCAGAUGCACAGCUAGCUCUGCUGGUUAGCUACCAGCUAGCUAAUGUUGCUAUCCCUUCACCAGACGGACAGUUAGCUCUGCUGCUUAGCUACCAGCUAGCUAGCGUCCCUCUAUUCCACCUAUGCACCAUCUCUUCUCUGUCCUUGGACCAGAUCACAUGAUCCAGGAAGUCUGAGUAGCAUUCCAGUUCCACUGUGGUAGCUAGAGGACAAAGCAGAAGCACUGCACUCUGGGAAAUGUAUUCUCUGAAGGCCUUGUUGUAGCAUGGGGUGCUCUGAGGACCUGAUGGAGAGGUGUCCAGAGCUCUGCCUGAUGAAACGGCGCUUCGAUCUCCGCUGACAGGGACUUCACGCGGUCCGGUGAGCUAGGAAGAUUAAAGAAACUCAGAUAAGUGGAGAAGGAGGAAGCCAUCCUCCUGUUGAUGCGGUUUCAUUUGCACCCCGGUGCUCAGUGUCAGUGCCUGCAGGCACAACUCUUCACAGAGGAAGGAAGGGUUUAAGGAAUGAUUGAAGGAAGGAUGCAAGAAAAGGAAGGACUCUCCUCGGGUCUUAAGUCUGGCCUCUUUUAGCUUUAUCCAAUGAUCACCAGAUUCUUUAUUUCCUGACGCGGACCGACUACAGUUUGUUUGCUCUAGUUGUGUUGUUGGAAUGUUUUCUAGGCAGCACAAUUGUAGUUGUCUCACUAGAUCCUCCUGUAGCAGAGAUGCAGCACAGCAUCCUACUCCCUUAUUUAGGGCACAACUUGACCCCAUAGGCCUUUGGUGAAAAGUCGUGAGCUAUAUAAGGGAUAGGGGUCCAUAGAUUUGGGAUGCAGCCCAGCCCAGGACUGCCCUCUGCUGUGUGAAUAAGGACCUAAACAGAUUUGUAAGAAUAAUGUAGUUCUGUUCUUGAGGAUGAGAAACUGUAAGGUCUUAUUUUUGUCGAUUUAAAUUUGGCAGAACAAGCCCCCCCCCAAUAGACAUGCGGACAUUUCGUAAAGAUAGUGACGGUAAAUCGGAAGUUGUGUGUAAACAAAGAUCAAUAUAUUAUUAAGUACUUGAGACAUGACCAUUGUGGUUUUGUUGGUAAAAAACAAUAUCCCUACGAUAUGAACGAGCAGCGCUACGAUAGAUCGAUAGACAAGUCUCAUCUGUAAACUCAAGACAAUCACGCAUGAAUAUCUGCAGGAGAUGCAUUGACAAACAUCAUUUGAGGUAUACGUUUGUAUACCACAUGUAUUAAAGAGAGUCAUUUUAUUGUCACGAUAAAAUAAAUGUGGUUGGCAGGACAGUAUUGAGGAAGUAGUAUAAUGAGGACAAUGAAUAAACAAACUGCUAUGGACAAAUUACAUUAAAAUGGUUAUUGUUGGAGGGUUUCAUAACUCCUGGGUCGUGUUCAUUUAGGCACCAAACGGAAGAAAACAGACUGUGACAGGAAGGGACUAACUGAACUACCUGUCCAAUGAGGAACACUUGUUUUCAUUUUCCACUGCAAAACGUUUUGCGAUAAUUUAAUACGGCGUUGGAGUUGUCCAAUAAGAAACAGUCUUUUUUUUUUUUUUUGGUGUCUUUUGCAAAAAUAUUUUCUGUAACAUCCCCUAAUGAACAGCACCCAGUUUUCUGGAGAGGGGGACGAUCAUUGUCAUUGUGUGUGUCAGUGCAACUUCAAUAGGAAAUAUUUUAAAGAUUAUUUUGGUCCCAAGAUUUUCCAUGGAUGUAUUGGAACCAAACGAAACGGCGCGGGACCUACCUAAAAUGGUCCAAUAGAAACUCUCUUGUUAUGACCAAUCAUUUCCCGUUUGCUUACGGUGUACACUAGUGAACACACCCUUUUGACUCCCCUCCCUCCCUUGGCAUUACUUCAGGUGUGCAUUACCCGAAGGUGUAAUUGUUUUUCUUGAUGGUAGCAUUUUGUUAUUGAAUUAAACAGACUUCUACCAGAACUCGUACUGCAUGUAUACAGAAACCAACUAAACAAGCUCGCAAUGGUGACGAGAGCAAUCCAACUUCUCUGCAGACAAUAUUCUGCCGUCGUGUGGAUUGAGUCCAACACAAAAACAGCCAUUGAAUCAGCCUUGAACAUGGCUGGAUUUUCAGAAAAUCCUGGUUUUCUUCUUAAUUUUAACAUUUUGAUAUCAUCAAUCAACAAAUAAAUACAUCUGUAUGAAAAGCCAAAAACCCUGUACAUCUUACUGUUCACUACAAAUGUCUAAACCAGUCUAUCAAACUGUAGUAUAAUAAAAAUGUAUAUAAAAGUUAAAA